UUCUGUGUAUGUAGUGAAUGCAAGCGGGGCUCGACGUCCCCUUGUUUUUGUCUUUCUUUCCGUCUUUGAAAGAGAGGCGGAUGAUGCACUCUGUAAGUGGACACUUCAGAUUUAUACAUUUUUAUUUACAUUGACAGGAGARAUACUUACAAAUUAAUUCAGCUUGUUGACAGUUUAAGUUAAAUUACAAAGUGAAGUAAAUUAAACUAAGUAGUGACAAUAGGAUGAUAAACAGUUGGGAAUCAGUGUUUGUUGAGCUGUGUUUCAUUCAUUUUGUUGCUAGCUGACAUACUCUGAGGGACUAACUGAAAGGGUAAACAGUCAKCCCCGUCUCACUGGGUCCUAUUAUUAGGCCUGGCUCGAACCCGUGGUGUUCGGCUGUAACYGAACUCCGUCUGUCAAGUCACGUCCUCUUCCUGCCCCCUCCUCCCCCCCGUUCUCCUGCCCGAUACGGUAUCAUUGUGACCAGGCUGGGGACACUCUGCUGGGUGCCACCCGGUGAGGCGGACAGACAGCCUAACAGCUGCCUCUCAGACCCCCCGCACAUCAUGGACGCACUCCACGUCCAAGUUUUUAAAGAGGCCGGGCCGAUGGCUGAGGCAAGGGAGGACGAAAGAGGAGAGGAGCAAGACGCUGAAGGAAUGGAGGCCUCCUCCUCUCCUGCAGGCUCCACCACGGAGGAGGAAACGGACGAGGAUUCCGAACCAGAACCCCCUCCGGUCAUUCGCAGGAAGGUGUCGUUCGCUGACGCUUUCGGCCUCAACCUGGUUUCGGUGAAGGAGUUCGACAAUGCCGACGUGACAGAGCCMGAGGUCAGCUGGGCUAAAGGAAGAGAGGUGACCCGUUUGGCAGAGGAGUUCUACCUAUCCUGUUUGUUCACGGUCCCCUCCACCCCAGAGGAGCUGGAUCAGAGGCUGCACGCACAGAUGAUUGAGCUGGAGAGCAUAGAGCUCCUCCCGGGAACCUCCACCCUCCGUGGCAUCAUCAGGGUGCUCAACCUCUGCUACAGCAAGAGCGUCUAUGCCCGGGUGAGUCUGGAUCGCUGGAGGGGCUACUUUGACCUGCAGGCAGAGUACAUCCCCGGCUCCAGUGACAGGAAAACAGACAGGUUCACCUUCAGCUACACUCUGGUUCCUCCCUUCGAAACCGGAGGCACCAGACUCGAGUUUUGUCUUCGCUACGAAACUCCAGAGGGCACGUUCUGGGCUAAUAACCAAGAAAUGAACUACGUGCUGUUCUGCCACCAGAAGGGCCAAACAAGCGUGGCCCAAACAGACGAGGAGAGCAGCUACAGGAGCAAGAGGAGCUGUCUCAAAUCUAACAGGAGUGAAGAUUCAGAGGAGAAGAACAAAGGGACAAUUAACACUCAUCUGGCUGCAAACUUAGAGGCAGCGCCUAAACUCGUAAAGUCUGGCAGAGAGACGACGAUUUCUGCAGAGACGCUUCUUCAUAAUGAAGAACCUAAACCUUGGGUGGAAAGCGUGAAAAGCAGGCGCAGAGCGACGCGUUUGGCUCGCGUGCAGGACUACCUCUCCAAAACGAUGCAGCGACUAAAUGACUCAGCCCACGAUCAGAGAGGUUCCCAGCGUGUGCCAGCUCCUUGGGGUGACUCUGGCAGCCUUCCCUAUGAAUGCCAGAAGAUCCAAUCGAGCGAGAGUCCUCAAGUGCUCACCUACCACCAGAUUCCUUUGCUUCCAUUAGACUGGAACAAUGAUCCACCUCAGAGGUGUGAGACUGCUGAUGUAGGUGACAUCUUGGCUGGAAGAGCUAAAAUGACUUUGCCAAACACAUCAGAAGAAAAGCCUGCUCAUGAUGCGUGGGGAACUACAAACAAAGCCGAGAGGAAAGAAGCCUCGGUGAGUGAUGUGUGGCAGGCUUUUCUUAAUGGGCCCAGCUGCGAGGACCGCUCCGAUCUUCCAGAGUCAGAAUGGCUCCAGACAGCAGCGUUGGUAUCUCCCUCGAAUGAUAGGAAGCCACAAAUUCAAUAUUCAGCAGAAAGUCAAGAGUUUCAAGAAUUGCAGGCGGGGACGGAUACGGCUACUGCCACACACCCCUUAGCUGCAUGUCAGCCGCUGUCAGACACUUGUGAGCCAUUGUCGGCUGUUGUUGCCUUAAACACUAAAGAUCAUCAGCCAGAGGAGGCAUAUGUCAGCAGCUUAGGAGAUGAUAACGGAGCGACUAAAGCUGCAUCCCAAAGGUCACAGACAAACUCCGUAACAGACACUCCACUGGAAUUUAGCCUCGAGAGGGCGCCGCCUGUGUCCGUGGACGCUGACAGCACAAGUGAGUGUCACGAGCAGGAGGUCUGGGAGCAGGAAUGUGGGGGAAUAAUAGCGGCAGGAACAGGAGGAGGAGUCAAGCCCUUCGCUUUGCACACAACUGACUUGGUAACGAGCUCAAGGGAGUCGCAGACAACAGAUAUGAUCUCAGAAGAUGCGAGGCAGGAUGAGGGUCUUUCUUCCAGCGGGGAUCGAGAGGUUACAGCCACUGCACACAAUGCAGCAGAUGACAUGCUGGCAUUUGAGGAGACAAUUGGACUGGAGAAAAACGAUGGAGCGAGGGAUGUCUUUUCUGUAUCCAGACAAGAAGUGGAGGAGGAAAUCAUGACAGAUUAUACAGAAAAUAAAGCGUCUACAUGUGAGGAGAUAUUUAGGCCGAAGGAAACCAAAGAUGAGGUAGAAAGCCAAGAGGCAGGACUAACGGGUGAAGGUAAAGAAAUUAUAAAAAUAUCACACCAGCAAAUAUGUCAACAUGAAGUUUUACAAGACAAUUGUUCUGGGCAAAUUGAGAAAAUAUUAAUGUUGGAGGCCUGUGGUACAAGUGUUCAAAACAAAAAGGACUUGGUGAAAGAAAUGGAGAAAAGUGCCGAUCUGAAAUCUGAAAAUGUAUCGGAGUCCAAUCCGUUAGGAGAUGGAAACAGGUUGAGUUGUGAUGGAAAAGCAAAGGAGCAACGGGAAAUAAGCCUUUCAGCAAACUUCCGACCCACAGUGGAUAGAACAGAAUCGAAAAAGACUUUCCAAAUUAGCCAAGAUAUGCCAAUUGGUUCAACGGACAAAUGCAACCCAAACCUCUUAGAGGUGAUUGAAAUGAGAUUGACUCACUCCCAACAAGAUUUGAAGAGCCAAAAUGGCAAUUCAAGAAGUGAAACAAGCCCAGAAGAUGAUACGGCCAAGAAGAAUGCUCCAAUGAAAGCCACUUCAACAGAGCACCAACCUGAAGAGUCAGGUAGAACUGAAGAUCUGAGUCCGGAAGAUAAGAGCAUUGGUAUUGGAAAGCUUCAAAUAGAGGCAUUGAGGGAGAUGAUGGGUAAUGGAGAAAGCCCUCAAAUUGAAAAGUGUACAAGUGCACAACUGUCAGCACAAGUUGAGAGCUCUUCAAUUGGUGAAAAUGAAAAACCAUCUAUCGGAACAAAAGGUGCAGUUACAGCAGUAAAUAGUGCAGCACUUAAAGUGUUGGAGCCAAGAAAGAAGCAGAUGGUUAUAGAAAGGUUUGGAGAAGGUUUUGUGAGCAAGAUCUGGGAAGAGAUUUUCAUUCGAGAGGUCCAAACUUCCAGUCGGCGAACAAAUCCAGCUGAUGAAAUGAGAAACAUGGUGACAGAUGCUAUGCAUGUCUGCCAUUUUCUUUCAGAGUACAAUGCUUUUGAUUCUGGUGUGGUUUCCCUGACAGAAUUACCAACAGAUUUAAAUUUAAGUCUUGGCCAAGCUUCAGAGCAAACCUCGGCGACCGAAAGCAACAAGUGCUCCACGCAAAGCAAAAGCCAAAGUGAGGCAACACAGAAAACUCACCUUCUCUUCAAAUUAGAAACCAAUUUCAACUCAAAUCUCACAACCACUUCAGAUGCCCAGAUUGGCGCGCCGUUAUUUCAGUCAACACAAGUGCUUGCCUCACCAAAAGAUAAGGAAAACUGCUCCCAAAUUAAAGCCAGAUCAGUCACUCGACAGGAGACAAAGAGUCAAACAGAAGACCAUGUAUUGACUCGCAAAAGGAGCUUAGAUCCAUCGUCUAACCUGUCUAACAAACACCUGAACUCCUCUGAGAAAUUAAAGGAGUCCGAUGCCCUUUUAUGGUGGACGAUACUCUACACCAUUAGCCACUUAACUAGACUUGUAAUCUGCACCGUCUUGGUCGGUGGGUUCUUCGUGGUGGUCUUUCUCUACGAUUUCCCAGCGUUCUUUGCUUUCUACUUGUUUUCCAUGUGUUGGUGGGUUUAUACGUGGAAGAGGCACAGGGUGACGGCAGACAACAGGGUAACGGGAUAGGCAGGUGUUGCUGUGCACUGCAUUGCAGCAUUUUGAAACACAAAUCCAGCAAAUUAACUCAUGACUUCUCAAACUGGUGAGAUGACGAUUAAUUUACACACUUUGCUGUAAGUGUGUGUGUCUGUGUGAUUGUAGCUUUUGAAACCUCCUGAGAGCUGUGUCCUCAUAUGGGGACGUUGAUUUCCCUGCAUUAUAUUGUUAAACAAAAACUUUUUGACCGUUGAWCCAGCGACAGAGUUUCACAAUCACAAGUUUUUUUUCUUCCUGGUGUGUGUGUUAAUGUUGACACUUUUUUUAUUUAGUGUUAUGGCCUUUUACAAUUAGUUAAAAAGCCUUACAGCGACCCUAACCCUCAGGUUGGGAACUUCUGGAAGGCGUUGAGCUAAUCAAAUAAGCAGAUUAACAAAUAUUGUACAUGGUUAAGCAUUAACUUCAUAUAGAAGUACAGAUUAUUUUAAUGUAAUUUGUUUUAAAAUCGAUAAAUGUAUUGACUCAUUAUGAAGCACUUAGCAGAAAUAACGUUUGAACAUUUAAAUGUACAAUGUGUGUAUAUUUGCUGUGUUUUAAGGGCCCAAUGUGACUUCACAGUGUACCAAACUAACCAAAGUGUCUUUCUGGGAUUUUCUUCAAUAAAGAAAAUUCAUGUGAAUUAAAAAAAAA